CAGGCGCAUUUGUAUGACGCCAUGAGUUCACAGUUCAACCGUCAGGCUCUCAAAAUGGCGGCUGAUCCAACACGGGAGUGGAGCGAUGAGCAGCUCAAAAGUGACGAUUUACCAAAAAAAGACAUAAUAAAAUUCAUCCAGGACAAUGCUGCCCACUCGUUCCUCAAUGAACACAAGCUGCUGGGAAACAUAAAGAACGUGGCCAAAACGGCGAAGAAAGAUCAGCUGAUUAUUGCUUACAAUCAGCUCUUCGAAAGCAAACGGUUCAAAGGCACAGAAGUGGAGGAGGUGACCCAGCAGGUCAAAGCUGUGAAAAUUGAUGAAAAGCCCAAAGAAGUCAAGGCAGAAGUUGUGGACGAGGGUCCUCCGAGGUACACCAAAUCGGUGCUGAAGAAAGGCGACAAGGAAAACUUCCCUAAGAAGGGCGACACCGUGAGCUGCUGGUACACUGGAACUCUAGAGGACGGGACUGUGUUUGACACAAAUAUUCCCGCAGCCGCAAGAAAGAAGAAACAGACCAAACCCCUGAGCUUCAAAGUGGGCUUAGGGAGGGUCAUCAGAGGAUGGGAUGAGGGACUUUUGACCAUGAGCAAGGGUGAAACGGCACGGCUGGAGAUUGAGCCAGAAUGGGCCUAUGGUAAAAAAGGCCUCCCCGACUCCAAAGUUCCACCCAACGCCAAGCUGAUUUUUGAAGUUGAACUGGUGGCUGUGGAUUAAAUUUGGCACACAUAUGUACUACACUUUGAGCAUAGUGACCAAUUUUAGGACCUCGUUAAGUUAAACCUGGCUCUCGGACUGCACUAUACCCAACUCCCAUUAUGCCUCCUUUGCCUUCAUUUGUUCUCCUUUUCUCAUUAGCAGGCCAAUUUUUUAUUUUCCCCAACGUUAAGUUGUGACCCAAAUUGGAUGGCUUGUCAAUGUACAUAUGACAGAUCGUGGAUGUUGUUCUGUCCUUUUGCAUGUAAAUGAUAAAUAAACUCAUUUGAAUUGGCUCAAAA